GGAGGUUGGAGGAGGUUGGGCCAGCCAGCAGAAUGCUACGUGUCUUGAAAGAGCUUCUUAAAGCCCCCCGGCCUCCUUGUCACCGUCUUCCGUGACUGGAGCCAACUGAAAGUCGGUCGACGUUGCCGGCGGAGCAGCUCCAUCGAGCCCGGGGUCCCGCAGCCUGUCGGCGGCACGCCUUCCUGGAAAUGUCCGGAGUGAAGAAGCCUCGCACGAUCCUCAACAGGUCCACCAAUGUGGUCUACCAGGCCCACCAUGUCAGUCGCAGCAAGAGAGGACAGGUCAUGGGCACCAGGGCAGGAUUCCGAGGAUGUACUAUCUGGCUCACAGGUUUGUCCGGGGCGGGCAAAACCACCAUCAGUUUUGCCCUGGAAGAGUUCCUGGUGUCCCAUGCCAUCCCCUGCUACUCCCUGGACGGGGACAACAUUCGCCAAGGCCUCAACAAGAAUUUGGGGUUUUCCGCCGAGGACCGCGAGGAGAACAUCCGUCGCAUAGCUGAGGUGGCGAGGCUGUUUGCGGACGCCGGGCUGGUGUGCAUCACCAGCUUCAUCUCUCCCUUCGCCAAGGAUCGUACCGAGGCCAGGAAAAUACACGCGAGCGCCGGGCUACCGUUUUUCGAGAUCUUCAUCCACGCCCCCCUGGAGUUGUGCGAGAGCAGAGACGUGAAAGGUCUCUACAAGAAAGCUCGAGCCGGGGAGAUCAAAGGCUUCACAGGGAUCGACUCGGACUACGAGCGUCCCGAGGCGCCGGAGAUGGUGCUGAAAACCGGGCAGCUGUCGGUGAACGAGUGCCUCCAACAAGUUGUGGAGAUGCUGCGCGAGCAGAACAUUGUGCCGAGUGAGAUCAUGGAGGAGGUGAAUGAACUGUUUGUUCCGGAGAACAAGCUGACUCUGGCUGUGGCGGAUGCGAGCACGCUGCCCACCAUCAGCAUCACCAAGUUGGACUUGCAGUGGGUGCAGGUUCUGGCCGAGGGCUGGGCGAGUCCUCUGAAGGGUUUCAUGAGGGAGCGAGAGUUCCUCCAAGUCUUGCACUUUGGUAACCUCCUGGAUGGUGGCGCCAUCAACAUGUCUGUUCCCAUCGUCCUGCCCGUCAGCGUGGAGACCAAGCAAGAACUGGACGGCUGUGCCGCGGUGUCUCUGGAGUACGAGGGCACCCGUGUGGCAAUCCUGAGGAACCCGGAGUUCUUCCAGCACCGCAAGGAAGAACGCUGUGCGAGACAGUGGGGAACUGUGUGUCCACAACACCCUUACAUCAAGAUGGUGAUGGAGGGCGGCGACUGGCUGGUGGGCGGCGACCUGCAGGUUCUGGAGCCCAUCAAGUGGAACGACGGCCUGGACCAGUACCGCCUGACUCCACGGGAGCUCAAGCAGAAGUUCAAAGACAUGAAAGCAGACGCCGUGUUUGCCUUUCAGCUGCGCAACCCGGUCCACAACGGCCACGCCCUGCUGAUGCAGGACACCAAGCGCCGUCUGCUGGAGCGAGGCUACAAGAACCCGGUCCUCCUGCUGCACCCGCUGGGCGGCUGGACUAAAGACGACGACGUGCCCCUGGACUGGCGCAUGAGGCAGCACGCCGCCGUGCUGGACCAAGGUGUCCUGGACGCCGCUAGCACCGUGGUGGCCAUCUUCCCCUCGCCGAUGAUGUACGCCGGACCCACAGAGGUGCAGUGGCACUGCAGGGCCCGCAUGGUCGCCGGGGCCAACUUCUACAUCGUGGGCAGGGACCCGGCGGGCAUGCCUCACCCGCAGACCAAGCAGGACCUUUAUGAACCCACACACGGGGGCAAGGUCCUCACCAUGGCCCCAGGUCUCACCUCUGUGGAGAUCAUCCCCUUCCGGGUGGCUGCCUACAACAAGUCCAAGAAGGCCAUGGACUUUUAUGACCCGGAGUGUCAUGCUGACUUUGAGUUCAUCUCCGGAACCAAGAUGAGGAACUUGGCCCGCAGCGGAGACCACCCGCCGGAUGGUUUCAUGGCCCCCAAGGCCUGGAAGGUUCUGGUGGACUACUACAACUCCCUGCAAAAGGACCAGUAAUUGGGCUGCUACACAAUUAACAUAGAGUACCGAAUAGAGGGCACUGGGGUCACUGAGGGAGGUGACUGGGGUCAAUGAGGGAGGUGACUGGGGUCAAUGAGGGAGGUGACUGGGGUCAAUGAGGGAGGUGACUGGGGUCAAUGAGGGAGGUGACUGGGGUCAAUGAGGGAGGUGACUGGGGUCAAUGAGGGAGGCGACUUGGGUCAAUGAGGGAGGUGACUGGGGUCAAUGAGGGAGGUGACUGGGGUCAAUGAGGGAGGCGACUGGGGUCAAUGAGGGAGGUGACUAAGGGAGGUGACUGGGGUCAAUGAGGGAGGUGACUGGGGUCAAUGAGGGAGGUGACUGGGGUCAAUGAGGGAGGUGACUGGGGUCACUAAGGGAGGUGACUGGGGUCAAUGAGGGAGGCGACUGGGGUCAAUGAGGGAGGUGACUGGGGUCAAUGAGGGAGGUGACUGGGGUCAAUGAGGGAGGUGACUGGGGUCAAUGAGGGAGGUGACUGGGGUCAAUGAGGGAGGCGACUGGGGUCAAUGAGGGAGGUGACAGGGGUCAAUGAGGGAGGUGACUGGGGUCAAUGAGAGAGGUGACAGGGGUCAAUGAGGGAGGUGACUGGGGUCAAUGAGGGAGGUGACUGGGGUCAAUGAGGGAGGUGACUGGGGUCAAUGAGGGAGGUGACUGGGGUCAAUGAGGGAGGCGACUGGGGUCAAUGAGGGAGGUGACAGGGGUCAAUGAGGGAGGUGACUGGGGUCAAUGAGAGAGGUGACAGGGGUCAAUGAGGGAGGUGACUGGGGUCAAUGAGGGAGGUGACUGGGGUCAAUGAGGGAGGUGACUGGGGUCAAUGAGGGAGGUGACUGGGGUCAAUGAGGGAGGUGACAGGGGUCAAUGAGGGAGGUGACUGGGGUCAAUGAGGGAGGUGACUGGGGUCAAUGAGGGAGGUGACUGGGGUCAAUGAGGGAGGUGACUGGGGUCAAUGAGGGAGGUGACUGGGGUCAAUGAGGGAGGUGACAGGGGUCAAUGAGGGAGGUGACUGGGGUCAAUGAGAGAGGUGACAGGGGUCAAUGAGGGAGGUGACUGGGGUCAAUGAGGGAGGUGACUGGGGUCAAUGAGGGAGGUGACUGGGGUCAAUGAGGGAGGUGACAGGGGUCAAUGAGGGAGGUGACUGGGGUCAAUGAGGGAGGUGACAGGGGUCAAUGAGGGAGGUGACUGGGGUCAAUGAGGGAGGUGACUGGGGUCAAUGAGGGAGGUGACAGGGGUCAAUGAGGGAGGUGACUGGGGUCAAUGAGGGAGGUGACUGGGGUCAAUGAGGGAGGUGACUGGGGUCAAUGAGGGAGGUGACUGGGGUCAAUGAGGGAGGUGACAGGGGUCAAUGAGGGAGGUGACUGGGGUCAAUGAGGGAGGUGACAGGGGUCAAUGAGGGAGGUGACUGGGGUCAAUGAGGGAGGUGACUGGGGUCAAUGAGGGAGGUGACUGGGGUCAAUGAGGGAGGUGACUGGGGUCAAUGAGGGAGGUGACAGGGGUCAAUGAGGGAGGUGACUGGGGUCAAUGAGGGAGGUGACUGGGGUCAAUGAGGGAGGUGACUGGGGUCAAUGAGGGAGGUGACUGGGGUCAAUGAGGGAGGUGACAGGGGUCAAUGAGGGAGGUGACUGGGGUCAAUGAGGGAGGUGACUGGGGUCAAUGAGGGAGGUCACUAAGGGAGGUGACUGGGGUCAAUGAGGGAGGUGACUGGGGUCAAUGAGGGAGGUGACUGGGGUCAAUGAGGGAGGUGACUGGGGUCAAUGAGAGAGGUGACAGGGGUCAAUGAGGGAGGUGACUGGGGUCAAUGAGGGAGGUGACUGGGGUCAAUGAGGGAGGUGACUGGGGUCAAUGAGGGAGGUGACUGGGGUCAAUGAGGGAGGUCACUAAGGGAGGUGACUGGGGUCAAUGAGGGAGGUGACUGGGGUCAAUGAGGGAGGUGACUAAGGGAGGUGGGUGUUGGGGAAACUUUUUGCCAGAUCCAAAUACUUUGAAGCAUUUCUGCAGUCCUUUCUGAAAACUGUGGGAGUUAUGAAUCCACGGCAGUUUCCUACAUUUCCAGCAAGGCAGCACACUUACCUUAGUUAGAGGUUGUUCAAUCUCGCCAGGUGUGCGUGGGAAUAUGUAUUUUUAUACAUCAGAAGUAACUAGAAAUAAGAAUUCAAUGUAUGUUUUUUAACUUGGAGCACUUGCUAUUUGGGGAUGUUGAUGAACUUUCUGAAGGAUACACUUCACUUUAACACUGUUGCCUUACCUGGAUGAACUGCAAUGCCAUCACUACCUUAAGUGCCAGAACCUUUUGAUACAAACCCCGUUUCCAUAUGAGUUGGGAAAUUAUGUUAGAUGUAAAUAUAAACAGAAUACAAUGAUUUGCAAAUCCUUUUCAAGCCAUAUUCAGUUGAAUAUGCUACAAAGACAACAUAUUUCAUGUUCAAACUCAUAAACUUUAUUUUUUUUGCAAAUAAUCAUUAACUUUAGAAUUUGUUGCCAGCAACACGUGAAAAAGAAGUUGGGAAAGGUGGCAAUAAAUACUGAUAAAGUUGAGAACUGCUCAUCAAACACUUAUUUGGAACAUCCCACAGGUGUGCAGGCUAAUUGGGAACAGGUGGGUGCCAUGAUUGGCUAUAAAAACAGCUUCCCAAAAAAUGCUCAGUCUUUCACAAGAAAGGAUGGGGCGAGGUACACCCCUUUGUCCACAACUGUGUGAGCAAAUAGUCAAACAGUUUAAGAACAACCUUUCUCAAAGUGACAUUGCAAGAAAUUUAGGGAUUUCAACAUCUACGCUCCAUAAUAUCAUCAAAAGGUUCAGAGAAUCUGGAGAAAUCACUCCACGUAAGCGGCAUGGCCGGAAACCAACAUUGAAUGACCGUGACCUUCCAUCCCUCAGACGGCACUGUAUCAAAAACCGACAUAGAUCUCUAAAGGAUAUCACCACAUGGGUUCAGGAACACUUCAGAAAACCACUGUCACUAAAUACAGUUGGUCGCUACAUCUGUAAGUGCAAGUUAAAGCUCUACUAUGCAAAGUGAAAGCCAUUUAUCAACAACAUCCAGAAAUGCCGCCGGCUUCUUUGGGCCCGAGAUCAUCUAAGAUGGACUGAUGCAAAGUGGAAAAGUGUUCUGUGGUCUGACGAGUCCACAUUUCACAUUGUUUUUGGAAAUAUUCGACAUUGUGUCAUCCAGACCAAAGGGGAAGCAAACCAUCCAGACACAUGCUGCCAUCUUUUUCAUGGACGCCCCUGCUUAUUCCAGCAAGACAAUGCGAAGCCACAUUCAGCAUGUGUUACAACAGCGUGGCUUUGUAAAAAAAAGAGUGCGGGUACUUUCCUGGCCCGCCUGCAGUCCAGACCUGUCUCCCAUGGAAAAUGUGUGGUGCAUUAUGAAGCGUAAAAUAGGACAGCGGAGACCCCGGACUGUUGAAGGACUGAAGCUCUACAUAAAACAAGAAUGGGAAAGAAUUCCACUUUCAAAGCUUCAACAAUUAGUUUCCUCAGUUCCCAAACCUUUAUUGAGUGUUGUUAAAAGAAAAGGUGAUGUAACACAGUGGUGAACAUGCCCUUUCCCAACUACUUUGGCACGUGUUGCAGCCAUGAAAUUCUAAGUUAAUUAUUAUUUGCAAAAAAAAAAUAAAGUUUAUGAGUUUGAACAUGAAAUAUGUUGUCUUUGUAGCAUAUUCAACUGAAUAUGGCUUGAAAAUGAUUUGCAAAUCAUUGUAUUCUGUUUAUAUUUACAUCUAACACCAUUUCCCAACUCAUAUGGAAACAGGGUUUCAGGGUGUGUGUGAAGACCUUGAAACUAGUCGUGUGAGUACAGCACACAUCAGGUGCUUGUUUGGGGGGCUUCUGGCCCCUGGCAUUGGACACAAAAUAAAACCUCUCGUCUCAACAAUUAAAAUUGUUGCCACCUUUAACACGAAGCUGAGAGAAGCACUUGUUUCCUGGCAGACCGUGCAUACCAAGGGUGGGCGAUACUGACAAUGUUGAUAUCAGUCUGUUACAGGGUCAAUAAAUACCAGGCCAUUGAUUGAUUUUUCAAUUUUGCUUUAAAACAUCAGUUCCCAACCUUGUUGGAGGUACUGAACCCUGCCAGGUUCAUAUGUGCUUCCACCCAACUCUUCUUUAGUGCAAAAUAACAUGUUGGGUUUUUUCUUAAUUUAAUCUUAAUUUAUAAAUAUUAAUCAUGAAACAAUGUUAUUAUAUUAAAGAAAUACUAAAAAAAGAUAUAUUUAUAUGUUAUUAUAUUAAAGAAAUACUAAAAAAAAGAUAUAUUUUACAAACAAAAAGCUGCAGGAAUGUACACAUGAUCCCAUGUUUACAUCUCAUGUGAAGGUUUUAGUGGGAACUAAAUGCGAUAUCGGAAAGGGGCAGAAAUCCUUUCCAAAGCAGGACCCCCACCCAGACAUACAAUACUAGUACCUAGCUUAUGAAAAACAAUAUUUUUUGUUAUUGUCAAUUAGGCCAAAACACUUAUAUCAGAAAAUAAUCCCAUGUAAUUGACUGCUGUCAUUUGAUUAUUAUAAUAAAACAUUGAACUUGGUAUUUAGUCAGGUUUGGGAGGGCUGUGCUGCUGGUGUGGUCACAUUCAACCUUGCAUUGGUCUUGGAAAAUGACCACAUUUCAAUGGUCAGAUGAAGGUCAGAACCCAAAAUUGAUUAAACGUUGUCAAAAAGCAUGUUGUUUCAACCUCGUAUUUGUCUUGGAAAAUGACCAAAUUUCAAUGGUCAGAUGAAGGUCAGAACCCAAAAUUGAUUAAACGUUGUCAAAAAGCAUGUUGUUUCAACCUCGUAUUUGUCUUGGAAAAUGACCAAAAUUCGAUGGAUGGAUGGAAAUCAAGGUCAGAACCCAAAAUUGAUUAAAUGUUGUCAAAAAGCAUGUUGUUUCAAUGUUUUAUUUGUGUUGUAGAAUAUUGGUUGGGUUGGGAAAUGACCAAAAUUCAAUGGUCAAAUCAUUGUGAAAUCCCAACAUUGAUCAAACGUCGUCAAACCGCAUGUUCUUGCAACCUUGUAUUUGUGUUGGAAAAUGACCACAUUUCAACGGUCAAAUCAAGGUCAGAAAACAACACUUUGAUUAAACGUUGUCAAAAAGCAUGUUGUUUUAACCUUGUUUGAGUUGUGGAAAAUUGGUUGGGAAAUGACUAAAAUUCAAUGGUCAAAUCAAUCAAUCAAAUCAACGUCAGAACCCAACAUUGAUUAAACGUCGUCGAAAAGCA